AUUAAUGUAAUGUUUACGUGUAAGAAACUACUUUAUCUGCAAGCAUAAUAAUCAUUUUAGUAACUAUCGUGCAAGUUAUUUUACUUGUUCUUAGAACAAGUGGAAGGUGAUUAAAUAGAGUAUUAGUGGUAUGUUAUGAAGUGGCAUACAGGAAAGAGAUACAUUAAUAUUUGUCUGAUUUAGAUCGGAGUUUUUACCGUUUCUGAUGUUCUGACUUCUGUACCUAUUCUCACAAGACUUUCUAUACAACAAAGAGAAGGAACACACAACACGAAAAAAAAAUGGUGCUUUUGAAAUAUGAUUGCGAUUCCCUAACACAUCACAAUUUUAAAAAAUGUAAUAACAUGCUUGUAGAUCUUGUUUAAUUAUGCCUAAAUUCCUGCCUCCAAACAAGUGGAGCGUUUCUAUAGAUGAGAGAAAAUCCAAGCUAUAUAUUUUAUGCUGCCGGCAACAGGAUCUGCAGCCUUCAUUUCUCUUAAUUACUUUACUAUAACUGCACGCCACUUCUCUAAUAUGAAUAUGUGAUCAAUAAUUCAAUAUUAAAGUUACUAACUAUACUCUCAGUCUUUCUCCAAUUUCCCCUCCACUUUUCUUAUGUAAUAUGCUAUUACCGGACUUGUUAUAUUAAACUAUAUAUGACAUUAGGAGUCAGACCGAAAUUUAAAGAUAGUUUAUUUCUACAUAAAUGACUAAGAUAUUCUAAAAACAUUUCUCUAUUAUAAUUGUUUGUCUGUUUGUUUAGACGUCUAUAUAUUGUGCUGCUAUGUUGUCUAGCAUCAUGACACUAUAUAUAAGUGCCAUUGAAAGUUGGAGCACUAAGUUCUAAUUCCAGUUUUAAAAAAAAUGGAGAAACUAUCUCAAAUUAAGAACAAAUUCUUAAAGUUUCUUCCAAAAGAACCUGUAGCCUCAAUGGGCAAUCCGAGUCUGAGUCCUCGUCGAUCGCCAGUUUCUAUAAUUCCGAAGGAAGCUCGAAGAAACCACAAAAGGGGUACAAGCUUCAGUGCUAAGGAACCCUCCUCUCCCAAGGUCUCAUGCAUUGGACAAGUUGAGCGCAAGAAGAAGAACAAGAACAAAAACAAGAACCAGAAGAACCUACAAAAAAACCAGAUACAUAAGAAUAUCGACUCUGUUCUAAGCCCUGAAAAGAAGAUUCUGCUGUGGAUUGCCAAGGGAAAUUGUAACGAGGGAUCAAAGCAAAGUGGGAAAGCUUUUGCAUUGGAAGAGAAAGAAUCAGCCACCCCAACGUUGGGCACCAUGAAGAAAUUUGCUAGUGGUAGAGGAACCUUGUCUGAUUUUGAUUUUACACUUGAACAAAGGUGAACAUAUGUUUGUAACUUUCAUUUUUUGCUUUAACAUUAUCAUCUAUGUAAUCUAUAGCCAAAAGGAUAUAUCCUGUAACAUUAUCAUGGUUGCAAAUUGCAUUGAAUG